CCUUCUCCCUGCUCGGUCAGGAUGCCCAACCGGGGCCGCGAAAUAGCAGUAAGGUAUCUAUACAACGGAUUUUCGAUCUCCCGGGGUAACUCGUCCCCCAUGGCCAAGCGACAUCGGCCCUCAUCGGUCAAUUGCCGUGCCGGGGGGCAAACCGAGUAUAAUCUCGCAAGAAAUGCCUCCCGUUCUUCCUCAAAGGCCUCGCAUUCAAACAACGUGUGUUGGAUCGUUUCCGAUUCACGAGAUUCGCAACAAGGGCAUUGCGCGUUACGAACAAGCUGCGUUCGGCUGCUCGAACUCCGGAGGUCGUGGCAACCCAAUCGGAACUUCGUCUUCAAUCUCCGCCCUUCCCGAAGAGACCCGGGGCACGUUCUGAGUAAAUAUUCCGGCAAGCCGAAACGUUCCUUCUCGACCCAAUUGCUCAUGUUGCGGAGAGUCGACAUUUCCUUGAAGCCAUCGGCGAGCUCGGAAACUCGGCGCGAUGCGACG